CCCGCCAAGCGCAAAUCAGAAUUCGCUCUCUUUUUCCGGGUCUAAACUCAAGUUUAGCGGGUUGAGUUUGGCAUUUUCAAAUUUCUCAUACAGUGGAACUCAGAGUUUAAGAAAGAAAAAGGAGGCGAUGGAGCUGAGUCUAAGCGACAACGCUCUCAAAACCUUUAGUCGUUCGAUCACGUGCCUCGCACGUGUAGGCAAUGAGCUCGUCAUCCAAGCUUCUCCUUCUCAGCUUGCACUUCAUACACUCAAUUCUUCAAGGUCGGCCUACCAAUCUAUUACGUUUAAGCCAAACUUCUUUGAUGCCUAUAGAAUUUCUGGUACUCAAGUGCAGUGUAGUGUGCUUUUGAAGGCUGUUUGUUCUGUUUUUAGGACACCUAUUGCAAGUAUUGAUCACUUGACUGUGAAAUUGGCCGAUCCUGAUGCGUUGAAAGUACAGUGGGCUUUGGCAUGCUAUAGUGGUAUGAAAAAAUCAUAUUGGAUUACCUGCAAUGUUGAACCAGACAUACAACACUUGUCUCUUGAUAGGAGAAGAUUUCCAAGUAACUUGGUAGUUAGGCCUCGUGAUCUAAACAGAUUGCUAGCUAAUUUUCAAUCAUCACUUCAGGAAAUUACUAUCAUUGCAACUGAGACAACGUCCUUACCUUCAGAUGCUGCAAGUGAAAUAGGUGGAAAAGCUGUUGAGCUUAGAAGUUAUAUAGAUCCAACAAAAGAGAAUGAUUCCACAUUGCACACUCAACUCUGGAUAGAUCCUUUGGAAGAGUUUGUGCAGUAUACUCACAUUGGAGAUCCUGUAGAUGUUACUUUUAGUAUGAAGGAAUUAAAGGCAUUCCUUACUUUUUGUGAAGGCUGCGAGGUUGACAUACACUUGUUUCUUGACAAAGCUGGCGAGCCGAUUUUGUUGGCACCCAAAUUUGGCCUAGAUGAUGGCUGUGGCUCAAACUUUGAUGUUACACUUGUACUUGCAACCAUGCUUAUAUCACAGCUGCAUGAAGGCAAUCCCUCUGAACUUGCACCAGCUGCUACGACUGUACAUAACCAGGCAAUGCACAGGACAGGGUCCGAAGCACAAGAAGAGAGGGUUAGGCCAAAUGUACCUGAGCAUCCAUCGGACCACACCAGAAUAUGGUCUGACCUCUCAGGAAGUGCAGCAAAAAGCAGUAAUGGGGUUGAAGAAAGGCAAGUGAAAGGACAGCAGAACUUGAAUGCUAGUGAACAGAGGGAUAUUCAAAGGAUUAGCAUGAUGCAUAUUACAAAAGAUGCACCGAUUAAAGAAAGUGUUCCUGCUGCUCCUAGUUUUACCCGCCACCAAGUAGAAAAGGACCAUGAGGCUGGGGCACAAGGUAGGAGCCAGAUUAAUGUGCAUGGGUUAUCACAACGUCAUCCGAGUAAUUGGGUAGAUGCAAAUGAGGAGGAGGAUGGGGAUGAUGAGAACGAAUUAUGUGUUCAGUCAACACCACCAUAUUAUGAAGAACAGUAAUAAUCGGUUAAUGACAUAUACCUCUUAAUGCUAGGUGUUACUUGUUUGAUUUCUCCAAUGUAAGUGCAUGUCUUCUUGUAAGUCAUACCCUUCUUUCUCAUUUAGCUUUCUGUCCUUGAACUAAUUCCAGUAGCUUUUCUUUUCCUAUAAUUGUUCCGCUGUUUGCAUAGAAGGAUCUAUAAUCUGAUAUCCUUCAAAAUGAAUUUAUUAGAAGUACAUUUUUUUAAUA